AUGCCACCAAAGUCUAGUUCUACCAAGAAGGGAACUUCAGCAGGCUCUAGUUCUGAAGUCGCAAAGAAACCCAAGUUCAAAUUGCCCACAGAAUUUAUUGCAAGGCCGACUUCUAUAAGUGAUGAUAAUAAAGAUACGUGUGUUGCAAUUAUUCAUCCAAAUGUUUUGAAGGAACUUGAGAUAACGUCUGGUUCUAUGUGUAUCUUAUCAAAAUUGGGAUCAAAUGGUUUUGUUGUGAUAGCCAAGGCAAGUAAAGAAGACGUUCAUCCGGUCAAUGUUAUUUCGAUUACUUCUACUAUGAGAUCUGUGAGCAACAUCAUCCUUGGUGAUCGUUUAGAAAUUAGAAAGAUUCAAUCACAGCCAGUUUAUGCAGAUUCUGUCACUAUAGGUUCCCUCCAAGGUACUGAAAUCUCAGAUUCUUCAAAGAAAGCAAUCGAUAAACUAUUAGAUGCUUCUGGUCUAAUUAUGCCAGGAAUGAUAUUUCAUGGUUUUCCAAUCACAGAAACUGAAACUCUUGAUUUGGUGGUGGUAGAACUUAAUGAUACUGAUCUUCCCGAUAUUACGAAGAUGACGCUAAACGAAAAUGAAGAAAGUUUAACCUAUCUAUCACCUGCUGCCUUAUUUCGUAAAGGCUCUACUAUAGUGAAAUUCAGUACCAGUAAGCGUGCAAGUUCUAAAUACAACUUACCUCAACCAUUGACGUAUGAUUCAGUAGGUGGGUUACAUAAAGAAGUGGAUCUUUUAAAGACUACGAUUAGUCUACCAUUGCAUCAACCAACUCUAUUUAGUGAUUUUGGAGUAUCACCUCCUAGAGGGAUUCUUCUACAUGGACCACCAGGAACAGGGAAAACAAUGCUACUAAGAUGUGUUGCAAAUACAGCGAAUGCUCAUGUCUUGACAAUUAAUGGUCCAUCUAUUGUGUCUAAGUACUUGGGUGAAACUGAGUCUGCAUUAAGAGAUAUAUUUAAUGAAGCCAAGAAGUAUCAACCAUCCAUAAUUUUCAUUGAUGAAAUUGAUUCCAUAGCACCUAAUAGAGCGAAUGAUGACUCUGGUGAAGUUGAAAGUAGAGUUGUGGCGACUUUGUUAACUUUGAUGGAUGGCAUGGGUUCAGCUGGAAGAUUGGUCGUGAUUGCUGCUACUAAUAGACCCAAUUCAGUGGAUCCAGCUCUUAGAAGACCGGGUAGAUUUGAUCAAGAGGUUGAAAUUGGUAUUCCUGAUGUUGACGCCAGAUUAGAUAUAUUAAUGAAACAAUUCUCCCAAAUGUCAUCAGAGCGUCAUACAUUGACGGAAGAGGAUAUAAAAACUAUUUCCUCCAAAACACACGGUUAUGUAGGUGCUGAUCUUUCUUCUCUUUGUAGGGAGUCUGUCAUGAAGACAAUCCAACGUGGUUUAAAUUCAUCCAAAACUAUAGAUAGUUCAGUAUUACAAGUGACUAUGAAUGAUGUAGAAAAUGCAAUGAUUGAUAUUAGACCGAGUGCCAUGAGAGAAAUUUUCCUAGAGAUGCCCAAAGUUUACUGGUCUGAUAUUGGUGGCCAAGAAGAACUGAAGCGCAAGAUGAAGGAAAUGAUUCAGUUGCCGUUGGAGGCGUCCGAGACCUUUGCCAGGUUGGGAGUUACAGCUCCCAAGGGUGUUUUAUUAUAUGGUCCACCAGGCUGUUCAAAAACGUUAACCGCGAAAGCUCUAGCAACUGAAUCUGGAAUUAAUUUCUUAGCUGUUAAAGGACCUGAAAUAUUUAAUAAAUAUGUUGGUGAAUCAGAACGUGCAAUUAGAGAGAUUUUCCGUAAAGCUCGUGCGGCUUCCCCAAGUAUUAUAUUCUUUGAUGAAAUAGAUGCACUAUCACCAGAUAGGGAUGGUGGUUCCUCAAGUUCCGCAGCAAGUCAUGUCCUUACCUCUCUCUUGAAUGAAAUCGAUGGUGUGGAAGAACUGAAUGGAGUCGUUAUAGUGGCAGCCACAAAUAGGCCCGAUGAGAUAGAUCCGGCAUUGUUGAGACCAGGUAGAUUGGAUAGACAUAUCUAUGUGGCACCACCUGAUUAUGAAGCAAGAUUACAAAUAUUAAGAAAAUGUACCAAGAAGUUCCAAAUUGACGAAUCCACAAUUAACUUGGAAGAUUUAUCUCGUAGGACAGAUGGUUGUUCUGGUGCUGAAGUGGUUCUUCUUUGUCAAGAAGCUGGUCUGGCGGCAAUAAUGGAAGAUCUUGAUGCAUCCAAAGUGGAAGCUUCUCACUUUGAAAGGGCUUUACAAGGUAUUUCAAGAGGUAUUACCCCCGAAAUGCUUGCAUACUAUCAGGAUUUUGCUUCGAGAAGUGGAAUAUCAAGAUAG